GUCGUGAGGAUAGACUGCAGGGUGGCAUUUGAUUUUUCACACAGCCGCCUUUUUUUCUAUUCUAAUAUACAAAUUAUUUCGAUUUACGUGCGUACGUGCAAUUUAUCGUAAUGGAUCCUGCAGUCUUUCCCGAAGAAAUCUGGAUUAAGAUUCUACUUGAGUGUGACGUACCUGAUAUCAUAGCUUUUGGGAGCACCUGCAAGUACCUACGUAAGACCUCCGACACGGAUUACUUAUGGAAAAUGAAAUGGUUACAACUUAUAUCUACGGUACAAUUCCAAUUUCCCGACAUGAAGUGUCUUCAAAUGCUCAGCGUCAGUUUUAAAGCUAUGUGUUAUCGAUUGCAUAUGAUUUUAACGUUAGCAAACGAGAGCAACGAGAACUCCUUUCCAAAAUGCUGUAACUGCAGUAGCUACACUUGUCAAAGAAAUUGUGUAGAAGGUUCGAGCGUGAAAGUGGUGAUAGAAAUAGGAAACAAAUACACAUGGGUAAUCAUACCGAAUUUUGGAUUAAGAAGGCAUUUCUCCAUGCUUGGCUUUCCCAAAUACAAUAGUGAGACUCAAGUCGAACAAGUACCUCCUCCUUCCCAGCAGAACAUUCCCAGUAGUAGCGGUCGAAGAAAAUCGGAAGGAAAAUUUGUAACGAAAAAAUCAAUCGUUAAGUUAUUGAAACUUUUGGAACCGGAAUCAACAAAGAUUCCGCCGCGCAGUGGACCCUUUUGCGUUUUUUGCAAUUCGGUACAAUUGUACAGAGAGAAGAGAAGAUUGGAGCAGCAUCCCAACGACGCAUCGUGUUAUACGCGGUGUAAUCCCAUUUAUCAAAAAUUAAUCAAUGGUUAUUGCACCGAUACGGAACAAGUGUUGGGUAUACCAAAUAUAGAUUUGUUUAACCCAGCCGAAGCACUGCUUAUAGAUGGAACAUUUUCAGUUUUGAAAGAUUUUGUCGAUCAUCUAUUUCGACAAAUGGGUCUAACAGAGACUCUGAGAAAACCAAAUGCUGUUCUUAUGUUUUGCGAACCCUUGGCUAUUCAUCCAUUACUUAGGAAACAGCUUUUGCAUUAUUUAUUUCAAGAAAUUAAAAUAGCUAGAGUUUGUUUAGUUCCUAAGCCAUUGGCAGCGUGUGCUAUGCUAGGUAUAGAGACUUGCAUCGUAGUCGACAGUGGUGCUUUGAGCACAACGGUGGCGGUUGUGAUAGAUGGAAGAGUGAUACCACAGCACUGGAGAUUAAUACCCGUAGGAGGUUGGCACGUUGCUUAUUAUCUGAAACAAGCUAUGAAUUGGCAACCAAAGGAAUUUCAUGAGAUUCCCAUAUCUUAUUUGGAUUAUCCAACCGUAAAAGAGCGAUGUAGGCUAAGUCUUGAUAUAAGGAAAGAAGAAUUUAGUAAUAAGUCCGAUAGACUUUAUAAAUGUGGGCAGAAUAAAGCUGAAAAAGUAGAUAUAGAUAUUCGGGUCGAUACUUACGCAAAUUGCAAAAAAGAUUGGAAAGUUUCAUUGGGAUCGGAGUUGUACACAGCUCCAGAAUUAAUGUACGUUAGUAUGGAUUUGCCGGAAGUAGUUAAAGAAGUAACAAACGGAUUACCAGAAGAUAUAAAAGAGGAUUGUCUUUCGCAAAUUCUCCUUACCGGUGGCAAUACAGAUUUAGCAGGGUUUGAAUUCAGAUUGGGACAGGAUUUAAAGAAGCUUCUUCCGCAGUACGCGAAUAUCCUAGAAGUGAAAAGUUGUCCAGGUACUCACAGUUGGAAUGUAGCAUUGGGAUCGACUUAUGUGCCUUUAGCUGUGCAUCCCGACAAAACGCCACCAGAAUACAUGAAAGGAAAUCCAUUCUGGCUGUCACGCGAAGAGUACAUUCUGUUCGGAUGCGAGUCGCUGGCGAGUCAACAGCAAUGAGCAAUGUUUAUCAUCUCGGUCGAUUUAUCGCUGCGAGAAAGUAAGUUAUCGCAAUUGAGAGAACCUUGACAGGA